GGCUAGCGCCAGCAAAGCAGCAAGUGACACUCAUCAUUCGCAGUGGAGGCAGGUCGAAGUGCGCUGCUAACAGUAAAGUGCGAGUGUGAUUGUGCGUGACGAUGACUUUCGAGCAGGGUCCGAAUGUUUGGGACUGGGACGCGGAGGAUGGAGAUCAGUAUGGUGAAGACUAUGGAGAGGAGUAUGGUGGUGGUGAUCAGCAGGAUAAUGGUGAAGAGGAGGAUGAGGAUGAGGAAGAGGAGGAUGAACAAGGCGAUGAAGAAGACAUGCAGGAAAAUGUGGAUCAGCAGGGGGAGUUUACGAAGAUUCCGUACUCCGAAGCUGCUUUAUUUGAGGCAGUGCGGCCCUUUCCGUAUCUGUACAACCACAAACUGCCGCGCUACCACUCCAUCAACAAGCGGCCACUCUGGAGGAAGGUGGCAUCGCGGUUCAUAGAGCCACACGUCGAUGGAAAAUUCUGUAGCGACAAUUUUCGUCGCUUGCGGAAAAAUAGGAGGGCGGUCAGACGGGCAGAUAAGAAGAGGAGGAGAAGUGGAUCAAAGGCACAGGGGCCACUCCUCAACCAGGCCGCGGAUCCGCUGAGCUUCCUGGACUGUCUCGAAGAGCAGGCAAGACCAUACCGGGAGUCGAACCUGAACGUGGGACCCCUGCUGGAAGGUGUGCAGAUUCGCAGAGCAAUGCCAGAGCACCCCGUUCCUCACAGUCUGAUUGUGGAACCUGCACCAGCUGGUCAAGACUGCUGCGAACAAAUUGCGGCCGCAAAUGCGCGCCGUGAGGAGGAGCAGGGUCUGCGCCCGCCCCCAUCGUCACCGCGGAGACUGAGCAUCCCCGGAAUCCUCGUCCUGACACCGGAAGGGCUAAAGAAGCAACAGCACCGGCAGAAGCGGAGGCGAGGUCCGGAUCUGCCCGCGUCAGCUGACCGUGCCAACGUGACGGUGCGGACCUCCAGCCGGACCAGGAGGCCGCCGGCCAACUACUCGCCCUCGGACGCAGGCUCGGACUCGUCCAUCGCGUCGGCGAGCAAGUUGCAGAGGAAGGGGAAGAAGACCCGUGGGCGUGGCGGCGGACGGGGCGGCGGCGGACGGGGCGGCGGACGCGGGGCGGCGGACGGGCUGGACGACAGGUCGUUCAGGUGGAGGCUGCAGAGCUGAGUUCCAUCGUGGAGGAAGUGGGCGUGCCUGAACCAGAGUCCAACGUCGAUCAAGAUGGUGGCGGCGGCGGCGGUGUUGGCGUCGGCGGCGUCGGCGGCGAGUCUCAAGUCUCCCAUGUAAGCCCUGAAGUUUCCCACUCGCAGCUGCCCCCGCCCCCGGCGGACAACCAACCUGGUGGAACUCCACACCGAGGGGGGGAGGUGAGACCGGACGGCGCUUUGGACCUGUCACCCCUGAGGCCAUCGCACUCCGCCGCAAGAAGGUGUCUUAAUGACACUCCAGCGUUCAUGCGUGGCAGCGAGGGCGGCCCGGACGGCGGCCUGGGUGACGACGGCCCGCUGAACCUGAGCUGCAGCGGCUCCAACGUUGGGAGUCCCCAAGUGAACCUGUUCAACAACGUCGUGAACCGUGCGAACAGCUCCACCCACGGGGGAAGCCCGAACAGCAGGGCUAGCUCCCUUCGUGGUGGUGGACGCGGCGGCAGGGUCACUGGUUUCCGUGGUGGUGAUCGCGGCGGAUUCGCCGUGAACCGCAGAGGUGGCCGCGGUGGAUUUGCGCUGAACCGCGGUGAACCGAGGCAGCGCGGCGUUGCCGGGAAUGGUCGCGGACCUCACCGUGAUGCUGCUCGUGCGCGUCGAGACCAGAUGGCACAGCGGGUGCAGUUUGCUCACGAGGAGCGGAGACAAGCUGCCCGCCAAGUGGGCCAAGUCCAGAUCGCGGCACAUCAAGCCAACCGCCUCUAUGAGGGAGGAGUGGACGGGCCAGCAGAAGUUCAGCACGCCAACCCAGAAACUGAACUUCUGAACCAGUUCCUCAUAGCGAGGAACCAGCAGCCGAAAGAGCCUGACGGUUUCCACUACUUUGCCUUGCUGCAGGCCUGGACUCUGCGCCAGCUCCCACCCCGUCAUGCUGGUAGCGCCAUGCUUCGUCUCGGGACCGUUCUCCACGAGGAGUGGGAGAGACGCCAUCCGGAGUAAUGUGCUUCCAUUGGCAAUAUUUGCUGUGAUUCAACAAGUACCAAAGUACCUACGCUUGUCAUUCUGUAUAAAUGUGUGAUAUUGUUUUUAGUUCCAACGGUUUAUAUAAUCAUAUAAAGAGAGAAAUUAGAGAA